AGGACGAAAAAGAUCAGUGUAGGGUAGGUCCCGUGAUUUGCGGCGAUUGGGCAUUUUUGACUGCAGGUGCAAGAAAUUAUCAAGUGGGACGUGAUUUUGUUUUCAAGUCAGCCAUAACUUACCCCCCCUCAAAUAUGUUCCGUUCGUUAUUGCUUCCUCCAGCAGUUCGCCUUCAGCGUACACUGGCCACUCAUGCCAGUCUACCCUCGACUGUAUCAGGUGAAUCGUCACCUGUAAAUCGGCACAACUGGAAGAAGAAAGAAAUUCAAGAGAUCUACAACAGCCCACUUCUCGACCUUGUUUUCCGUGCUGCAAGCGUUCAUCGAAACCACCAGGAUCCAAACAAGAUCCAGCUAUGCACUCUUAUGAACAUCAAAACUGGUGGGUGCUCUGAGGAUUGCUCGUAUUGCUCGCAAUCUUCUCGAUACUCUACCCCAACAACGGCAUCACGCUUGCUAGACAUCGAACCGGUCAUAGAAGCAGCCCGGAAAGCGAAGGCCAAUGGCAGUACGAGGUUUUGUAUGGGAGCAGCGUGGAGGGAACUCUCGGGACGCAAACGAGGAUUCGAAAGAAUUCUUCAGAUGGUCCGGGAGGUCCGCGGAAUGGGAAUGGAAGUUUGCACCACUCUUGGAAUGCUGACGCCAGAGCAGGCAAGACAGCUCAAGGAAGCGGGUUUAACUGCAUACAACCACAACCUGGAUACAUCUCGAGAGUUUUACCCCAAAGUUAUCACUACGCGCUCAUAUGACGAUCGGCUGGGGACGAUUGAAGCUGUUCGUGAGGCAGGAAUAAGUGUUUGUUCUGGCGGCAUUCUCGGUUUAGGAGAGACGGAUGCGGACAGAGUGGGCUUGAUUUGGGAGGUUUCCUGCAUGCCGGAACACCCGGAAUCCUUCCCUGUCAACGCCCUCGUUCCCAUUCCUGGCACUCCUUUGGAAAAGAACGAGCCAGUACUAUUUCAUACGGUAGUUCGCACGAUUGCAACUGCCCGAAUUGUGCUUCCGACUACUAUCAUACGUCUUGCUGCAGGACGUAAUACACUAUCAGAGCUGGAGCAGGCGAUGUGUUUCAUGGCCGGUGCUAAUGCUGUCUUCACUGGCGAACAAAUGCUCACGACUCCCUGCUCCCCCUGGGAUGAGGAUAAAGCGAUGAUGAACAGAUGGGGACUGGAGGGGAUGGCUAGUUUCCGACACGAAAACAUGGCCAAGAAAGGACUCGACCAACAUUCAGUAGAGGCUUCAACUGCUGGAGUGGCCAAACCAACCGCACCAGGGCAGGCCAUGCCGUAAAAAACGAUGAUGUUGUAGACCAUGGAACAUGUAUAAAUCAAAAUUUGUGGUGUUAUCGAAAUUAGACUUUCUUGCUACUUUUUCCGAGGACCCGGUCAGCGAGUGGAGCCUCAGACAAAGAUCUAGGACAGAUAAUUCUGCCAACGCCUUGCCCUGAAUGUGACAGAUGAGCAAUUUGAAUACAUCUCAUUAUGGUGAC